AUGUCGUUAAAUAGUUUUAAAGAUCUUGCCUAUAGUUACGAAAAACUACUUCAAAAUAAAUAUAAUUUUGAUGUAAUUAUUCGUGCUGGUGAAGGAAAAAGUUUCAAAGAGAUUCAUGCGCAUUCACUUAUUUUAAGUGCUCGUUCAUCUUACUUUAAUGCGGCACUUUCUUCUAAUUGGGCUAAAAAAGAAGGAGAUUAUUAUAUUUUUGUAAAACCAAAUAUUCCAGCAAAUAUAUUUGAAACUAUUUUGAGGCAUCUAGAUUUCUCUGAAGCUAUAAAUAUAUUAAUGGCAGUUGAUGAAUUACUUUUUCAAGAUGCUACAGAUAGGAUUAUAAUGUAUAUUAACCAUAAUUUGGAAAGAUUUAUGCGAAAUGAUGUAGUUGGUGUAUUACAAUUAGUUUUUCAAAAUGAAAUAUGUGAAAUAUUUCAAGAACCUUGUCUUCAUCUAAUAUGUAUAUGCCCUAAUAGAUUAUUUAAAAAUCAAAAGUUUAUUCGAUUGGAUAAAUCAAUUUUAAUGCUUAUAUUACAACGUGAUGAUCUAGGAAGUUUAAAAGAAUUUAAUUUAUGGAAAUAUUUAAUCAAAUGGGGCAUUGGUCAAAAUUCUAAUCUCCAAGAUAAAAAAUUCGAAACUUGGACUGAUGAUGAUUACAUUAUAAUGAAAAAUAUUAUAAAUGAUUUUAUACCUUUGAUUCGUUGGACCCGAAUAACAUUGCAAGAACUUUUACAAGACUUGGAUCAUAAAAUGCCAACUAAAGUGCUUAAACCAAGACAUUUACCAUCUAUAUAUUCAUAUGGUCGAAGAAUAGAAGGAAUCAAAACAUACGAAGAACUGUUUAAUCUUAAUGAAAUGUUACUUCAAAAUGAAAAAAAUUAUGAUGUUGUCAUUUAUGCUGGCGAAGGAAAUAGCUUGAAGGUUUUCCACGCACAUUCAUUCAUUCUAUAUUCUCGAUCAUCUUAUUUCGAAACUUCUCUCUUUAAUAAAAAUUACACUAAAAAAAUUGAUACGAGUAAAUUGGAUGGACCUGAAAUUUUACAAUUAAUAGAUGCAGCAAAUGAGUUAGAACUUGGCAAGAUUAUAGAUUAUUUAUUGGCGAGAGACAAUUUCACUGAAUUCGUUUUAAGUAAAUUAAAUAAUACAGAAGUUUUACGACUUAUAAUAAGAAUAAUUGAACUAAAUUAUAGUUUAAUUUUACAAUAUGAAUCAGAUUUUGAAACAAUUUUAGAAAAACUAAAUAUAGAUGAAAUUUUAUAUCUUAUGAAAACAGAUAAUAGAUUAGAAAUUAAAAAAUUUUUUGAUAAUAUUUUAUCAAGUACAGAAGCUAUCAACCCUUUCUUAAGUAAAUUGAAUGGAGGCAAAGUUUUGCAAUUAUUAGUAACAGCUAAUGAAUUUCAAUACAAAAAAAUCGUUAGUAAUUUAUUAAUGAAUGCUAGAACUAUUUUAGGUGAAUUAAAUAAAUACGAAAUCGCCCAACUAAUGAUAGUUGCUAAAGAGUUAAAAUAUAAUAGAAUUACAGACCGUUUAUUUUUAAGCGUGGAUUUUACAAAUAUUAUUUCGGACAAUUUAAAUUGCGUAGAGAUUUUGGAUUUAUUAAUAAUAGCUAGUCAGAUGCAUCUUCAAAAAUUUUUUAAUCAUUUGCUUAACUUUAUAGAUCAACGGUUAGAAGAAUAUAUGCACAUUGAUACAUUUAUCAUAGUGCAAAUUAUUUUUAGUAAUGAUGCAUUUAAGUCUCUCCAUGAUCAAUGCCUUCAUGUUAUAUGUAUCAACCCUAAUCUAUUAUUUGAACAUCGAAAAUUUACUCAAUUGGAUAAAUCAAUUCUAAUGCGUAUAUUACAACGAGAUGAUUUGGGAAUGUUGAGUGAAAUAAGUAUUUUGGAUUAUUUAGUGAAAUGGGGUAUUGCUCAAAAUUCAUCUAUUCUUCCAAAUCAAUUAAGAAAAUGGAAAAAAAAAGAUUAUGAUAUAUUAGAAAAGACUAUUCAUGACUUUAUUCCUUUAAUUCGUUGGUAUCAAAUGUCGCAAGAUGAUUUUAUGAGAAAUUUUGAAUUUCUUAAAAAUAUUUUAUCAAAAGAAUCAAUUCUUAAUUAUUUUCGGUAUAAUAUAACGCCACCGCAAGGAACUACAAUUCUACCACAGAGAUACAUAUUACCUAAUCAUAUGUUUCUUGCUAAGCCAGAGCAAUUUGAUCUUAUUGCAAGUUGGAUUGAUAAGAAAGAUUUAAAAAAUAGUUCAUCAAUUAAUAAUGAGCAAAUUUCAAAUGAAUUCUUGUAUUAUAGUUCUAAAAAUGAUCCUUAUGAUUUUAGACUUCUUUAUUGUGCAAAACGAGAUGGAUUUGAUGCGCAAAUAUUUCAUAAACUAUGUGAUGAUAAAGGACCAACCGUAACACUUAUUAAAAUUAUGGAUAUAGGACUAUUUGGUGGUUACAACGAGUUAAGUUGGAAAUCUCCUGAAUUAACAAAAAAAAUUACUAGUCGUCUAACAUCAGAUAAUAAUUAUUUAAUAUCAGACAACAAUUUUUUAUUUUACUUUAAUAACAAAGAUGAUCUUAAUACUUCUAACAUUUCACGUGUUAUAAAGAACUGUUUAGCAGAAAAAUGUUAUUCUCUUCAUG